AUGUCAAACUUGUCUUUCAGGUACUUCAAAACACCACAUCAGACUCCCAUAAAAUCAUCUCUCCAACUUCGAAAACAACAAGGAACGAGUUCAGCAAUUUGGAUAGAGGGACAAAUCCUGAACCCUCAAAACAUAAUUGUCGUCUCUUCAAAUGCUGUUGGAGCUGUUGAUGCUUAAGGUUUGUAAAAGUUUUUGUUUUCGACCAUGUUCCCUCAGAUCCACGAAACCUUGUUUAACCGAUUUUUGUAAAUAUUGAGUAAUGUGUGGCCACACAUGAAAGGACGGGUGUACCCUCGAGCUUUUGUUAAGUGGCUUUUUGUUAUCGACACACUGGUAAUAUCGGAAAGGGGUCGAUAUCCGGAGCCCGUCAGGCAUUUUUAUGUUUCCUUAUAGAGCUGGAUUUUAGUUUAUUUUUGUGUACAUAGUUGAAUUUUCGAUUAUUGUUUUGGUUUUUCGUUGGAGUUCGAAUCCCCCUUUUUAACAAGUGAACCUACCAUUUACGCCACGGGUGGAAAAUGCCCCGAUUUUUAUUCAACUAAUUAAUUUGCCUCCUAUUUAUUUUUCUUUUUUAGAACUAUUAGAUGACCGAUGAUGCUGGUGGUCUCUACAAACACAGUUGGCUUGAAUUUGGCACAAAAUCAGCUGCCUUUCUCCCUCUCUCCCUUUCCUAUUUGCGGACAAAACUUGCUGUGUUUUAAGCUAACAACAUUCUUUAUUUUUUUCAUUCAGUGCUUUGUAUGCUUUGCAACCAAA